UCUGCUCUGGAGUCUCCAGGCUGGCUGAGGAUACAGAGAGCCACGGAAACAGGUCCUGGUUUCUGGAGGCUUUCCUGUGCGCUGGGAAAUGGGGAAGCUAGCCACCGUUCCCAUUGUCCUGCUUUGUGGGAAAUUCCUUGUAAUUUUCCUUCUCAAAGAAACGCUCAGCCAGAGCAAGCAACGAGAGGGCCAUGUGUGUGCCCGAAAUACGUUGAGGAUCCCCCUAGCCUACAAUGAGACGUACGCCAAGCCCCAACACCAUCCAUAUUUGACGUUGUGCCCAGGACCUCGAGUGUGCAGUACUUACAGGACGACCUACCGGAUAGCCACACGACAGGUGCGGAAAGAGAUCCUACAGGCCAACAUCAUUUGCUGCCCAGGAUGGAAGAAACGUCACCUGGGGGACACGAAGUGCGAGGAAGCCACUUGCCACAAGUCAUGCCAGAAUGGAGGUAGCUGCAUCCAACCAAAUAAGUGCCAGUGUCCGCCCGGCUGGGGUGGACUGUAUUGCCAGAUUGAUGUGGACGAGUGUGUCACGCCGCUUGCUCGCUGCGCACAAGACUGUCUUAACACUGCUGGCAGCUACAAGUGCCAGUGUCGGGCUGGGUACGCCCUGGAGCCAGAUGGCAAGAGCUGUCGUCUGCUUCCCACCGGCCAGGCGGUCCCUCUGCUCGGCACCAAAGUGCAAACUUUAGGGAUUCAGGAGACAAUUCCCAAUGAGAUCCAGGAACUCCAAGCAAAAGUAGAACAGCUGGAAGAGCGCCUGGAGCUUGCCAUCUCUAUCUUGCCAACCUCUGUGGAGCCCACCCAGAUCAAGGAGAUGUGGAAUCGUCUUCGUUAUUUAGACCACGUGGAAUCCCUCAGCGAGCAGCUCCUUUUUCUGGAGGAGAAACUGGGAGACUGUGCCUGUCAAAAUGAUAAAAAUGGCUUUGGCUACGAUCUCACCCGGUGA